AUGGACAGGAAGAACCGGACAUGGGUGAGUGAGUUCUUCUUGCUGGGCCUGUCCAGUGACUGGGGAACACAAGUGUCCCUCUUUUUCCUGUUCCUGGCCAUGUACCUGGUGACUGUGGUGGGGAACUCCCUCAUCAUCAUCCUCAUCAGACUGGAUGACAGGCUCCAUACCCCCAUGUACUUCUUUCUUGGUGUCCUGUCCCUUGUGGACAUCUGCUACACCAACAGCACUGUCCCUCAGAUGCUUGUCCACUUCCUGUCAUCCUGGAAGGCCAUCCCAUUCCACAGUUGCAUGCUCCAGCUGUAUGUCUCCCUAGCCAUGGGUGGCACGGAGUUCUUCCUGCUGGGAGCCAUGGCCUAUGACCGCUAUGUGGCCGUGUGUCACCCCCUACGCUACACGGUCAUCAUGAGUAGAGUGUUGUGCCUGGGGCUGGCCACCAGCUGCCUGGUGGCUGGCUUCGGGAACUCACUGAUGCAGACCGUCAUUAUCUUUGAGCUGCCCUUGUGUCACAAUGUCAUCAAUCACUUUGCCUGUGAGAUGCUGGCUGUGCUGAGGCUGACCUGUGCGGACAUCUCCUUCAACAAGGUCAUGGUGGCCAUCUCUGGCUUCCUGGUGAUCAUGCUCCCCUGCUUCCUGGUCCUGUUCUCCUAUGCUCACAUAGUGGCUGCCAUCCUGCGCAUUCGCUCAACGGAAGGACGCUGCAAAGCCUUUGGGACCUGCGCCUCCCACCUCACUGUGGUCUCCAUGUGCUUUGGAACAGCCAUCUUCACCUACAUGAGGCCUGCAGCUGGCUCCUCAGUGAAACAGGAGAAGAUGGUGGCCCUGUUCUAUGCUGUGGUGACUCCCAUGUUGAACCCCUUGAUCUACAGCUUGAGGAACAAGGAGGUCAUGAGUGCCCUACAAAGAGUGUUGGGAAAACUUAAGUAA